AAGUCAUGUAGCGAACUGGAGUUAUUUUUAAAGUGGUGUGUUUGGUAGGAAGCGUCGUGCUGCAAGUGUUGGAUUAUCCUAUUUUAUUCGGUAGUUUCAGGUGAGCAUUUUCACAAUGACUAUUGACUCGAAAGUAAAACGAAGCCAGUCGAUGUGGAUGUUAGAUCGACAGAAAACGUGGUUUGCAACGUCAUCAGCGACGUCAUCACCCCUACAGUCACGUGCUUCAUCCGUUAUCGACAUAUCGAACGCAAGUUACCGAGAAAGUCCAAAGAGUAUAAUUCGGAGAUUCCGGAAACGUGAUCGUAAAGAUCGGAAAGUUACGAGCUGGUCGUCGCGUUUUACGUGUACGCCGUGUCUGUGCGGUGACGUUGAUGCGGUGGACGACAAGGGGCGGUCACUCUUGUUCUACGCGGCACGGUACGGUCAGGAGGACACGGCGCGACAGCUAGUGGAGGCGGGGUGCGGCGUAAAUCAAGCGGACAACAUGGGCAACACGCCCCUGCACGAGGCUGUGGACAAGGGCCAGCUAGAGAUCGUAGAGAUGUUUCUGAGAGAUGGCAAAGCUGACGUGAAUGUGACGGGCUGUAACGGCGAGACGCCACUCAUGCUCGCGGUCACUCAGGGUCAGACAGACGCUGUCAAGCUGCUCCACAAAUACGGAGCCGACAUAAACAUGCGUGACAUGACCGGGUCUUCCCCUAUCUACCGCGCACUGCAACGAGGCUGGGAGGAAAUUGCUGACUUCCUACUGGAUAACAAAUGUGACGUCAACACGACGACAGCCAAUGGAAUGACUUGUUUCUUUGCGGCUGCGCACUCAAACAAAAUCAACGUUGACCACUUCACAAAACGUUUAAUUAAGACUGAUUAUGAUUUCAAACAGGACAGCGAAUGGUUAGAAACUGAAGGGUGUCCAAUCACAAUUAAAGACCCUAAACUGCAUCGCAAAGUGCUUGUGAGGGCGGGUCAGGACGGUUCAAGAAAACGCCAUUCUUUUCUGAGUUCGGGAAAACGGAAAAUAAUGAAAACACUUCGGAGCAUUUCCACAUCAUGACUGAUUGUGGCAUUCGUUUUCGAUUCAAUAGGAAUUACGGACAUUAUGACAUUCAGUGGCAACAUAUAUUCAGUGCACCAAGCUGGUUUGAUUUAGAAAUGUAGCCAUCACCUUGUUCGUACGAGACUUUAAGAAUAAACAGUCUUCGGAUAUGCAUAACGCAAUUGUCAUGUUGGAAUCAUACCCGUCUUGUUCCGUGUUCCUUAUAGAACCAACAUACACUUUGCCCUGUUGUGCUACGAAAUAUCAGAAUACAGGUUAUGGUGGACUAAGGACUUAGAGUCAGAGUCUUCUGUAACACGUGUCUAUUGUGGAGAAGUCAUAUAUAUGCUCAGCAGUAAUAUUACCAACAGUCGGAUGGCUCAAUGUUUGCGUCUACAGUCGGAUGGCUCAAUGUUUGCGUCUACAGUCGGAUGGCUCAAUGUUUGCGUCUACAGUCGGAUGGCUCAAUGUUUGCGUCUACAGUCGGAUGGCUCAAUGUUUGCGUCUACAGUCGGAUGGCUCAAUGUUUUCGUCUACAAAGUUAAACAUUUUGGUUUUGUGACAUGUUCUGAAAACAAUAACACCACUGAAGGCAUUUAAAACAUUAUAAACACAGACUACUUUUGUAUUUCAGUUGCAAAUAUGUUCUUUUUCAACAAAAUUAAAUUAAUAUCAAAGUAUAAAGUUAUAUCAAAUUGUGUCUAUUUGUUUAAACAUUUGUUUACCUGAGGAAACAUCAAACACAACAUCAUAUCAAUGAAACAUAUACAUGUAUGCUGACAGUUAUAACGACGGUAUUAUAUGACUUUGAUGACACACUUAUUGAUAUUUCAAAGUCUUGUUAUCGAUUGUAGGUUAUCGCCCCGCUAGUACAGAAAGGUGCAAACUUAGAUAUUUACCAAAACGACUUUUUGGCAUAUUUCAACUAUGUACAACCAUGCAAUUUCAAUUGCAAUUUAUUCAUUUUCUAGUAGGUAACAUAUUUAAAUGCGAUAAUUGACUUUUAUUUAGUAAAAUUUCAAUCUUGUUGUGACCUUUAACUUCAGCAUAAUAUAGUUUCAUAUGCAUACAUGAUAGAAAAAUAAAUAUAUAUUGCAUGUAUUUGUAAUUAUUCAUAAACGAUAAGAUAAACUAGUAAUUCUAUAUUCAUCAUUGCCUGCUUAUUGUUGACUAUUUACUGUACGACUAUGCAUUGACUCCCUUGUACACACUCUUCUCUAUAUGUCAACAUUUGCCUUGACCUUCUGGACG